AGUGUAAACAUAAAUUUUGUUUUCCCCAAGUAUCGAAAACAUUUUUGUUGCAACUUAUUGUUUUAAUGCAUAUUUAGUGUUUUAUUAUGAAUAGUACAACUAUUACACUCUUGGAAAACUUUUGUAGAACCUGCAUGAAUGGAGAAAUUGAAGAUGAAAAAGAAACUAAAGACAAUAAACGCAAAACAAUUUCCAUUUUCAAUGAACCUCAAAGUAAUGAAUGUAAAAAUAUAACAAUUAUGGAAUUACUUAUGCUUACCACACCACAACUUACCAUUGAGACAGAUGACAUGUUGCCCAAAACUGUAUGCGAAAAUUGCUUGGAAAGACUUGUUAAUGCUCAUGCGUUUCAACAAAUGUGUAUAAAAGUAGAGGAGAAAUUUCGUCAAAUGAUAAAAGAUGAUAAACCAUCUGUUAAUUCACAAAUUAUCACGGAUCCCUUAAUUGAUAAUAUUUUAAAGAUUGAAAUAGAUGAAGCAUUAGAACAAGAGACUACUCUUGAGUCAAAAAACUUAAAAGAUGAUGUAGAAGAUAUAAAAUUUGAAACGGAAGAAAAUCAUUGGGAAGACUAUAGUGAUAGUGAAGAAUUUUGUGAUGUUGACAGUGAUAAGGAUAGUGAAUGGGAGUCUUCGAAUGUAACAAAAAGUAAAAAAGGUCCAAGGGCUAAUAGCAAAAAGGUUAAAGAAGAAAAAGAUGUGUCUUCUAGCGAAGUUAAAGAUUUAAAUGAUAUUGAGGAUAAAAAAGAUAACAUCACAUCGGAGAAAAUUAAAGAAUCUAAGAAAAACUCCAAGGAAACAAGUAAUUCUAAGGAUAACGAAAGUAAAAGUUUUGUAUGUGAUGAGUGUGGUAAUCGUUUAUCAACGCGAAAAAGUUUAAAACGGCACAAACGUAUACACCUUAGGCCCGCAGAUUCAGGUGGAGAGACUAAAAUCCGAACUAAAUAUGAAUGCGAAGUUUGUAAAAAGGUCUUUCAGCAAUCGAGUUCUUUAAAGGAUCAUAUGAGAAUACAUACGGGGGAACAGCCUUAUCUUUGUUCAGAGUGUGGAAAAGCUUUUAAAAGUUUAAGCAAUAUGAAGCAACAUUUUCUACGUCACGGUACUGAUCGUCCUUAUGUCUGCCAACAUUGUCCGAAAAGGUUUCCAUGCCUAAGUGAUUUGGCAUCGCAUAAAGUAGUACAUAAUAAAAUAAAAUCACAUAUUUGUGAUAUAUGUGGUGCGGGUUUUACAAAACCAUAUCUUUUGAAAAAACACAAAAUGUAUCAUACAGGUGAAAGAAAUCAUAAAUGUGAUUACUGUGAUAUGAGAUUCGUUUUAGCUGAUCAGUGUCGUAGGCAUAUGCGCACCCACACAGGAGAAAAACCAUACAAAUGUAAAUAUUGUGAAAGAGCAUUUGCACAAAGUAAUGAUUUAAUAAAACAUAUGCGUGGGCAUAUAGGAGACAAUGUCUAUAAAUGUGAUUUAUGUCCACAAGGUUUUCGUUUACAAUGUGAUUUGCGCGCCCAUUUCUAUACUCAUAAAGAUGACGAUGAAGAAACACGAGCACGCAAUUUGGAAGCUCUUAAGGAGGAGGAACGAAGAUUACAAGCAAAAUUCGGACUUGUAGGUAGUACAUAAAAUAAAUAAAAGUAUUAAAUAAAAACUAAGAAAACAAAUCCAUAAAUACAAAUUUUUUGUAAAAACGUA